GUUAAGACAUUUCUCAAACUGGGGUAGGAAAUGAACUUCUACAGACUAUGUGAGGAGAAGAAAUGGGAAAGGAGAAAAUGUAACUGUAGGAAAAGGAAGGAAAAAGUUAAAAAUGAACGACAGCUCUAAAACAGCCCCUGCCUUGUUGCAGCCCUUUCUGUGCAAGUGUAGGGACAAAGUGUUCCUUUUGCUUAUCCAUAAGGUAAAACGGCACAUAUCCGUAUAACAAACUUAAAGGUGUAUCUGACCCCAAACCUCUGCUUCAGGCACUAUCCUGCCUCUUCUCAGUAAAGGUCACACCUUGGCCACAUAGCUGACAUCCAUGACUGGUAACUGUUGUUUUCGCUUCAGUCCCAGGAAGCAAAGUCCUGCAAGUUGGUCACUUGGCCAGGUGUGGCCCUGACCUACGUGGGCUUCUUAGUUCACACCGAUCAUCUGCUAGGCAGGUAAAAUCUUUCCUCUGCUGGGAGUUGGGAUGCCUCUCAUUCCUACUUCUCUGCCUGGUGGGAGGCAGGUUCCAGCCAGGGCGUGCAGAGAGGGGCAGAUCCUGCCGAAGGUCCAGCAUCCCAGCUCUCCCCUGCUUCUUAAAAAAGCCAGUAAGGAUGAAAGCAACGGGACUGUCCUCUCUCAAGCUGUCUUCACAGGAAGUCUUUCGGCUGCUCUAGGGAAAGGUGAAAGGCUGCCGAAGAGGAACAGAGCAGUUACAUUCACCGUGGUGGCAAAUGAGGUGUCUUCAGAGGUGGCGUGGUGGCUCUCCCGAGUGCUUCCUCCUGGCUUGCGGCUGUCUCUUACAGGAGCGUGUAUCAUCUUCUGGCUUUGGGGCUAGCCCCAGGCCCGGCCUGGGAGGUCUGUCGGCACCUGCAGGUCCUUGAGCAACCCCUGCCUCUCCUGGGCCGGGCAAGGCGCAAGGUGCCGGGGCCGGCGGCUCCGCAGCUGGAGCGGGAGGCAGCGUCUCCCACUGGGGCUGCUCCCGGGGCAGACGAUCGCAGUCCCCCGGGCUCCCGCGCCGGUUCGUUGUGCUCCGAGGCCCGGCCCAAGUCCCGCAGGGCGCUGCUCCGAAUCGGCUCCGGAUUGACGCCGCUCCUGCCCCCUCCCACCCCGCGCUAAGAGGCUUGCGGGCCCGGGGGCGGGGCGGGGCGGGCGGGGCCGGGCUCCCAGGUGCAGGGGCGGCCCCGCCAGACCCCGCCGCCUGCCCGGGGCCGCGGGGCGCGCUUUAAAGCCGCCGGGCGGGCAGUGGGCGCCGAUCCGCGGCUGUCGGGGCGGGGAGGGGAUGGGGGCGGGCUGCCUCCCGCCCUGAGCGCGCCCAUGCACCUGCCCGCCUCCCCGCCCGGCAUGGCCGAGGGCGGCUUCUCCCUGGGCAGGAGCCCCGGCGGGGCCCCGUCGCGCCUGCACAGCAUCGAGGCCAUCCUGGGCUUCGCCAAGGACGACGCGCUGCUCGGCUCCUUCCCGCCCGACGGCAGCGCCCGCAGCCUCAAGGAGCCGGGCCGGCGGCCCUGCGCCCACGGCAUGCCCGCGCAGCCCCCGGCCCCGCCGGCCGCCGAGCAGGACGGCCGGGCUGAGGAGUACCGAGAGCCCUUCUGCCCCAAGCGCGCCGAGGAGUGCGCCAGCCCCGAGCUGCCCCCGUGCAGCGGCAGCGACUCCAAGCUGUCGGACGACGAGCAGCAGCCCAAGAAGAAGCACCGGCGCAACCGCACCACCUUCACCACCUACCAGCUGCACGAGCUGGAGCGCGCCUUCGAGAAGUCGCACUACCCCGACGUGUACAGCCGCGAGGAGCUGGCCAUGAAGGUCAACCUGCCCGAGGUGCGGGUGCAGGUCUGGUUCCAGAACCGCCGCGCCAAGUGGAGGCGGCAGGAGAAGCUGGAGGUGACGUCCAUGAAGCUGCAGGACUCGCCCAUCCUGUCCUUCAGCCGCUCCCCGCCCGCCGCCGCCGGCCUCGGCACCAACCUGCCCCUGGAGCCGUGGCUCAGCCCGCCCCUGCCCGCCGGCGCCCCGCUGCAGCCGCUGCCCGGCUUCGUGGCCUCGCCGCCCAGCCUGCCCGGCAGCUACACGCCGCCGCCCUUCCUCGGCUCGCCCGCCGCCGGCCACGGCCUGCAGCCGCUGGGCGCCCUGGGGCCGCCGCCGCCCUACCAGUGCGGGCCCGGCUUCGUGGACAAGUUCCCGCUGGACGAGCCCGACCCGCGCAACAGCAGCAUCGCGGCGCUGCGGCUCAAGGCCAAGGAGCACAUCCAGUCCAUCGGCAAACCCUGGCAGGCCCUCUGAGCCGGCGCUCCCCGCCCCGUCGGGUCGGGCCGGGCCGGCCCCGCGCGUGUGCAGGCGCAGCCCGGGCCGCGGCGUUGAAGGACGGAGAUGUGAAGGGCUCUGAUCGUGUCCCGGGGCCGGGCCGGGCCGGGAGCGGGGCUCUGCUCCGCCGCAUCGGGAAGGGCCGAGGACGCGGCUGCCCCGCGGGAGGGGCCGGGCUGAGCCGAGGGAGACUUCGCUUCCCGUGUAAACGGAGCCAGGCAGCGCUGCGGAGCCGAGCCGCUUCCCCGGCCCGGCCGGCCCAGGCUCCAAGGCUAGGGAGGUUUGCAGGAGCAGCAGCUGGGCAGAAGAGCCAGCCCUGCCUCAAGAGUGCGGUGUCCAGCAGAUGCCCCGGGAAGAUCAGCUUUAGCAGCAGCUCUGCCUUGAGCAAAGGACUCUACAGAGACCCCAGAGCAAGGAAGAUUUGCCCGCAGCCCAGGGUAACUCCUGCUGGCUCAGGGGGUGGGGGGCUUACAAAAGGUAGUUAAGAACUUGAAAAUGGACAGGAUCCUACUGACAUAAGGAGACCGAGCCCUGGACAGUCUCUGUCUGACACCUGAAUGGAGGCUGUCUGUUGGCUGACAGGAGCCUCACUUCAAGAACCCCCGUCCCUUUGCUAUCUUACACCCUUUGCUAUUUGCCUCUCCCCAGUGAGGUCUUCCAGGUUGUUUGCUACUGAAACAAAAUCCCUGGCCCUGGGAUUUCUCCAGUUUAGUUUGCAAGUGGGGGAAACAUGAUGCAAUUGUGUGAAAUCCAAAUAGCAUUGCCCUUUGCCGCUAUUUUCAGAAGCCUGCUAUGUUUUCUUUCUUCCACCUUCUGUUUCUCCCUUCAUAGAAUUGUUUCCUUGGGGCCUGACCUCAAAGCCCUUUGAGUCACUGGAAAGACUCAGGCUGACCUGAGCUGGGCUAGGCCUUCUCAGUGCAAUUUCCUCCUGUAACUCUUUCAAAGUGGUCCAACACCUAAUGUCACCACUGAUACCUUGUCUGUAAGAGGGGAGCCUUCCUGCUUGGGUCUCCCUGGAAUGUAGCAAGCAGUCUUGUAGGCAGUGCAUGGGAAAGGAAACCAGGCAACUAACCUAGAUGCUAUUGCUGGUUCUCUCAAACUCCUUUUGUGACCUGACAGAUUAAUUCCUCAGAGACUGCAUUUCACUGUAGUAAAAUGGGGAUAAUCCUUGCUCCCCUACCUCUCAGAGGUGUACUGAGGAUUAAGCAGUUGAUAACACACUUUGAAGAUGUAAAAUGCAGUAAGUAUUGCUAAUAUGUAGUUAUCUCAUUGAGUGAAUGCCUAAUGUUAGCUUCUCCUGCAGCACCUGGUUCAGGUUUUAGCCUCAACAAAUACCUUUGCACGCACGCACGCACGCACGCAAUCACAUGGUGAUUUUCUGUGGGCACCAGUCUGCUGCUAACAGAUUCUUGAGGAUCCUUGGUUGGGAGUUAUGGUUUACCUUGAUCUACCUAGGAGCUAGAGCUGAAAUGAGAGGAGAUUUGGGAGGGCAGGCUGAGGUUGCAGGCUUUACUAUCAAGGAAAACACAGAGCAUUGCUGGAACUACUUGUUACUGAAGUAGAUUAAAAAAGGCUGUGACCCUAACAGCUCAGUGACUGUUUUAAACCAGUUUUCCAAGUGCUCCCUUCUUUUGGGUAAAAACCCCACCUUUGAUAGAGAUCAGUGCCUUGCCCUCGGUUUACUAGCCUGAAGUUUCUGCAGUGAAGUAAAAGGAGAUAACUAAUCUCCAACCUAUUUCUUUUUUUCAAUAUCAGCAGACAGCAAUCUGUAGAUCCUUUUAUCUCCUCUGGGAACAAGGGAGUAAUCAUUAUUUCCCUCUGCAGGCACAUGGCAGGAAAGUGUUAACUAGAUGUCAAACUAUACACUCUGGGAUGAAAUCAAUCUACCCAUGUGCCAGGGAAAAAAGCAAGUGCAUCAGAAAUCCAAGUUAAAAUGAAAUGCUAAUGUAACGAACAGGACCAGCACCCUUUCUGCCUCACUGGGAACAAAUACCUAAUGUUUAACGUUAAGAUGCUGUUUCAUUUGGUUUCAUGAAUCAAAAACCAAGUCUAACAUCUCUUUCUCCCCCACACAAUUUUCCUGAGCUUUCUCCACUCACAGGCAGUCUUGGGAGUGCUGACAUUUUUCAGGGAGCAGCAUGACGGCAUUGGGAGCUCCAGGCUGCUGGCUGGGUAGAACUGGAGGUUUCGGGCGAAGGAAUUGGCUGCAAUUAAAAUUAUACAUCUGCACUGAGCCCCCUGCCAUUGUCUGAACUGCAGAAAUUAAAAACACAGCGUUUUUAUUUUCCAUUAUCUCUGUUACCACGUUUAAUGGGGCUGAGAACCUUUUAAAUAAAACACCCCUUCUUUUUUCUGGGCACAGGGUGCUUUACACACUCUGGAAAUUGUGGCAAUUAACGUUUCUCAUUAGGGGAAGGAGAAGGCCUCACAAGCUCCCUCAUUGUGUCCUGGGGACAGUUCUAUAAAGACUGGGAGACCUCUUCUUUCAACAUUUCCCACUCAUUGUGGCCAGACAAAGACUGGCUUCUAAUUAUAUUUUCACAAUCUGUGCCUAUCUUUAAGGGUCCUGUCAGAAACAAGCAUGUCAGCUUUGUUCAGCUUCACUUCAGGGAGCUUUUUAACCUUAGACAGCAGUUUCUAAACAUCCCCAACCAACAGGCCUUCUCAACAACGUUUCCCAUUUGCAGACUCAAGAGCUCCUUUUGCAGUUAAUAAUGGGAAUCACUGUAUUUUGAAAACAGCCCCCUCUCCUUUCUUUCCUCCCACUGGCCUCCUCCUUGUCCUUGUGACCAAACCUGGGAUACAUCCUGCUUUGGGGGCAUGGAAACAGGCUGAAGGGGUAGCAUUUAAAAAGGGUUUGCUUCUCCAGAUAGGCUCUGAUCACUCUGGUGACUACGGGUUUGCAAUGGAUCGUGCAUCUGUCUCCUGAUUUCAACAUGUAGUUACUGCAGAGUCUAAACUUUUCUCUGACUUUAAAGGACUUUGGAUCAGACCCCCACAUGUUCCAGUCCUGGGAGAUCAAUUGUGCUUGCAGUUAUGCUUGUGUAAAACUAGAGCAACUCCACAGCAGUGUAACUGUGGGCAGAAUACACCCCCUUGUACUUCAGUAAUAAUAGAGCUGUGCUGGCUUUCGUAAGCAAACUAUUUUGUCCAUUCCUAAUAAACCCCACAGAAUAGAAGGAUGCUGGGGAAAGGGACUCAUACACUUUUUUGCAGUUGUACAUUUUACAGUUGUACAUUUUAAGAACCUGAUUCUACAAGCUCUAAUUAUUUUGACAUGAGCAGAUUUUACUUGCAGCACUAAGGGAACAUACAUGGAUGACAAAUGCAUGGAUUGCAGUAGUGUAUAUGGUAUCCUGUCCAUUAGGGGAAAAGAAACCUUGUCUUGUUUGUAAAGCUGAGCUGUCAUCUAGCAUAUGUUAAAUUCUAACAAUAAAGGACAAAACAUGACAAAAGUUUUAAUAAAA